AUGAAUGACAUUACUGCUUAUAGACAGGAUCCCUCUUUAAAUGCUGGUCGUCCAAAAGGGGCCAUACAUGGAUGUCCAAACUGCAGUAAUUGUGUGAAGGUAACAGCAAGGUGGCAUCCUAGGGAUGCCAUAAGAGGAGUUUUGGAAGAAGCUCCUAUUUUCCACCCAACAGAAGAGGAAUUCAAAGACACACUUAAAUAUAUUGCAAGCAUACGUUCCAAAGCAGAACCUUAUGGAAUUUGCCGUAUUGUCCCUCCUACUUGCUGGAAAUCACCAUGCUCUCUUGAGAAAAAGAACUUAUGGGAAAAGUCUGAAUUUGUUGCUCAGAUUCAGCGAAUUGAUGGACACCAAGUUCAGAAUGCACAAGAAACUACGGCUAGUGCUCGUGGAAAUACAAAAACCAAGAGAAAAGGAGAUGUAAAAGUAGCUUUAGACUCUCAGCUUGGAAUAGAAACACCAGCAUUCCAAAUACCCAGAAUGUUGAAAAAUGUGACUGUCAGUCUGAACCUGUGGGAACCAUCUGUGAAGAAUAUUGAGGGUGAAUAUGGACGGAUUGUUCAAAAUCCAACUGAAGAAAUCAAAGUGCUUCGUAUUAACACUUUGGAGGCUGGAGUUUUUAGCAGUGGAUUUUCCACACUUUCUGAUCCUGUGGAGGCAUGCACUUACCCUGAAUAUUUGAAAUCUGGAUGGAACAUGAAUAAUAUACUUUCACUGUCAGGUUCCCUUCUUUGUUUUGAAAGCUCUGAAGCUUCACGUAAUUUUGCCCCCAAGAUUCACGUGGGAAUGUGCUUUUCUCCACUCAACUGGAAAGUUGAAGAGCACCACUUAUACUCAUUAUCUUAUAUGCAUUUGGGUGAACCAAAAGUGUGGUAUGGAAUCCCAGGAAGAUUUGCUGCUAACUUUGAAACAAUUUGGAAGAAGUAUCUCCCAGAUUUGCAUGCAGGAUAG